AUGAGUGGUCUUUACAAUUAGUUCGAUCUCAAUAACUUCUUGCCAAGCGCAUAUGUAGUGGAAGCCUUACCGUUGUGUUCCAUCCAAGAAAAUUAAGUUAGAUCUGAGAGAGUGGGGGACCAAGAUGCUCGCAUCUACAGUGUGUACAAUCAGAGCAAAGAUAGAAUCACGCAAUAAACCAAUCUGGUAGAUAAGAUUGCCAGAUUCGUUAAAGAGGAUGAAGAGAAAGAAGAAGAUCCAGAACAAUCAGCUGAAGUGCAGACCAGAUACUUUAAUCUCGAUAGUAUUGAUGUACUCUCGAAGGGAGUAUGUAGAAGAUGCAAAAAACCUGGCCAUUUUGAAAAAUGGUGUGUUGAAGACAUUGCUGAAUCUAAAGUGACUUGUCGAUUUUGCUUGGGAGAUCAUUAUUUUUUAAAAUGCCCUAAUAGUUUGUGUUUCAAGUGCAACCAAGCUGGACAUAUGGCAAAGGAUUGUGAUGUAGAGGGUAUCAAAUGUCAUAGAUGCAACAAAAAGGGACACAAAUCUAAAGAUUGUAAUGACAAGUAAAGAUUAAAGGAUCUCUUGUGUUUGAACUGUCAAGAGAGAGGACAUUUGAAUUGUUUCUCAAAAGGAUACAAGAAAUACGAUCUACUAUACUGUGAAGGCAAGGAAUUAAGAGAAAGGGAAAAAAUGAAUAGAACCGAUCAUUCUUCAAAGGAUAAACAUAACAGUUAACAUCAUAAUAAUUAGGAUCGUCAUUAACAUCACAAUAAUUAGGAUCGUCAUUAAUAUCAUAAUAAUUAGGAUCGUCAUUAAUAUCAUAAUAAUUAAGAUCGUCAUUAACAUCAGAAUGAUUAAGAUCGUAAUUAACAUCGUCAUCAUUAACAUAAUAAUUAACAUCAUCAUUAACAUGAUAAUCAUCACAAUCAUUAAUAACAUAAUAAUUAAUAUGACAAUCAUCAUCAAUAAAAUCAUUAACAAUCACAUAAAUAAAAACAUUUGAAAGAAUAAACCCAAAAUUUACCUCAUAAAGUCAAUAAAACAAUCUAAAAAUAAAAGUAUCAGCAAUAAGACUCAUCUUCACAAUAUUCCAUGUGGUCAGAAGAAUCUCCAAAUACUAAAAGGAUGAAUAAUAAUAAAUAAAGAAAAAAUAAGAUUAAAUAGAAAAAGCAUUUCAAAUAAUUUAAUUGA